CACCCAGGGGGAGGAUCCCCACCCAGGGGAGGGCCCCCCAGUGGCAGGACACAGACAUGCCGUACGAGGAGCUGAUAGCGAGGCUAGGCGAGGGGACCGUCCGUUUGUUUGACGUGAGGGAGCCGAUAGAACUGGUGGAGGAUGGGGAGAUACCGGGCGCGGUGAAUAUACCACUUGGGGAUGUUGAGGAGGCGUUCCAGCUGCCCCCUAGAGAGUUCCGGGAGAAGUACAGCUGUGAGAAGCCGGGGAAGGAUGAUGAUGAUGUGGUCACCAGCUGUCUGGCCGGCGUGCGGAGCUUCGACGCGCUCGAGACGCUACGGAAGCUCGGGUUUCACAAAGUGAAACACUACCCCGGUGGGUUCCUGGAAUGGUCGGAGCGAUGCGAACAGGAGUGGAAGGCGAAAGAUGAAACCAAGGACACCAAAAACUCCAUAGAGACCCCCACACCCGUAGAUAAAAAAGAAAGCGGGAACACAGAAAACCCCACAGCACCCCCCACCCCUCCCAACUCGAUACCUUCCCCACAAGACAAGACAGAAUUGUGAUGGCGUUAGACAUUUUUAACAGAUUUAAGGCCAUUUGGAUUUGAUCAAUGGAUGACAUUCUCACACGCAUCAAUUUUUGGCUGUUCCAAUAAAAGAUGUUUAUUAAUUUCAACCGUACUGGAUAUCGUACAAAUAGCUGCAAAAUGAGCCAGAACUAACUAUCUGAACAUUGACACUUACAUGUACAUUGUAUGUGCACAU